AUGGCCGCAAUUCCCGCCGGAUCUUCCGUCGCCUCUUGCUGCAGCACGAACGAGAAGGAAGCUCAGGCAGGUUCUUCUGGUGUCAAGAACGACCCGAAAGAUGGUCCAGCGGCCGGCGGCGGCGGCGGGAGCAGCAGCGGAUCGGUGGUGUGGGGCCACGUGGAGGAGCUGGCCAAUGAGGUGGCAGAACUAAAGAGACGGCUGCAGGAGGAAGAGGAAGAAGGGCGGCGACUGCGCAACGAAGUGAAGCACCUCCGCAGCAGCAACCACGAUUUGAAAAUCAUCCCGCCGCGCUCUCCCCGUGCGGCCGACCCGGUUGCGCCGGCGCUCCUCGCGCAGUCCAUCCGCGCUUCGUUCAUCGAGCCCGCCGCCGACAGUCCGUGCCCAGACGGCGGCAAUGGCUGCGGCGGCGGCGGUGGCGGGGGCGGCGCGAACCUCAGAAGAUCCGUCUCCCUCGGUCGUGCCGAGGGGGUGUCGGCCUACGCCCGUCACAUGGCCGCCGCGUACGUAGCGAACAACGGCGAAGGCGAGGGUACCGGAGCGAAGGCGAGUGGUGGUGGUAACCCGGUGUGGGUGAGUGGCGAGCAGUGGGUGCACACUCUCUCCUCACCGCGUCACAGCAUUAACGCCAGUGAAUUCGGCGUGUUGCAACUAGGAGACGAAGAAGACGGAUUAAGACGCUCCUCGGGCACUCCGCUCUCGCUCCUGCUCUCCCUCUCUCGCCCUCUCUCCGGACCUCUGCCGAACCACCUGCAGUUGGGUCGGGGAUCGUCGGUUGCUCCUCGAAGCGCGAAUGACGGCGCUCCGGGGAAUUCGCCUGUCGGGCCUGGUGUCAGCCCGAAUGCGAAGCUUCGGACUGGCAACAUGAUUGUAACGGGGCUGACUGUAACGGACGCGAACGGCGUCGCGAAAACGAUUAAGAUGGAACAGCUCGUGACUGCCGAACCUACGACGCCGAGCCGGCCUCCGGUCUACCAGGGUCGGCCGAGCCUGGAUAAGAAACGGCCGCCGCCAAUCAAGGGCAUCCCGCUGCCCUGGGAUUCGAUGGACGGCGAGGAGUUGAAGAGCCAGAGCGGGCUGGGGACUUCGGGGACGGCGGAAGGCGGAGGCGGAGCUGAGAUUGCGGGGGAGAAGAGUGUUGGCGGAAGGUCAUGGGGAAGCGGAAGAUCAUGGGGAAGAGUGGGGAGCCUGAGCAGAGGCGGGAGCGUGGGCGGGAGUGGGGCCGUGAGCGGCCGCGAGGGGGAGGAGGUGGAAGGCGGGGUGGAAGAAGAGGAAAGGGAGAGGAACGGGGCUGAGUACGAGGAAGAAAGCAUGGAAGCUAAUGUGUCUGAUGAGGACGAAGGAAGGAGAGAAGAGGAGAAGGACGAGACGAACGAGGGAGGUGAGGAGGGUCGUACGAGCCGCACGUCGGCGCGCAGUGGGGAUGGGGAGAUAGAGCAGCUGAAGGCGCUGGUGGAAGCGAGAGAGGCAGGCGCAAGGAAAGACACCACGACUGCACGUGGAAGUAACAACAGCUCUGGUACUGCGUCUGGUGCUAAGACUAAGACUGCUGUUGCUGCCGCUGCUGCGGCUGGUGGUGCUCUGCCCCGCGCCAGCAGCGCGGGCAGCGGCGGGAAGGCGGCAGGCGCGGCAAGGGGUCGCAGCGCAAGUCCCGUGUUGCGGCGGAGCAGCAGCAGCGGCGCAAUGACCGGUUUUGGCUCUUCCUCCGCCACGAACCGUCUUGCCGCCUCUCCCCGCGCUGCUUCCCCGCGCGCUGCUUCCCCUCGCUCUGCUUCCCCCGGGGGAAACAGCAGCAGAGGUACCUUUCCGCGCACGGGCUCUUUCCGCGCGUCUUCUCCGCGGGUCGCUUCCCCGAGUGGCGGAAGCAGCGGGACGAGGGGACGACUUUCCAGGAGCGUAUCUGAUAGGCACAGGGCUGGUACGGGGGAUAAUAUAUUUGGCGAUGAUAUCGACGAGGAGAUUGAGAUGGAGGGCGUGAAGGGGGGCGGCGGAGGGGGUGCGUUGCGCCGAUCGGCGUCGUUCGGAAGCAGCUGCCGGGCGGCCGCGGGCGGAGGAAGCGGGGAAGAAGGCGGAGAAGAGGGGGCGGAUGUGCGGGGAUCGCGGGAGUCCCUGUGUCGCAGCGCUAGUCUGGGGGGAAGGCGGAACCCCAGCGCAACGCCUCUCGCCGCUGCGUUGGAGUCAUCUCGCGGCCAUGCGGCGGAAGGGGAGGGGAAAGGUGAGGGCCCGUCGCUUCAGCGGCAGAACGUGCUGCGGGGGAAGGGUGCGGAAGUGGUGGAGAGGGAGAGGCGCGGGGAAGAGGUGGAGAGGGAGAGGCGCGGGGAAGAGGUGGAGAGGGAGAGGCGCGGGGAAGGCAUGCUUAUGCCGCACGGGAUGGAACAGCAACUCCAGCAGCAGCAGCAGCAGCAACUCCAGCAGCAGCAGCAGCAGCAGCAGCAGCAGCAGCAGGAAUGGCAGGCGCAGCAGCAGCGUCAAAUUGGGAAUGGGCAAGAGAAAGUUGUGACUGACGCUGGCAUGGUCAGCAACAGCAGCAGCAGGCUUCGCCGCUCCGUGUCUGCUGACGUGAGUGACGCAAUGCUGGUGACUCUAGGCGGCGCCUGUGACUAUAACGGAGGUGAAACGACUGAGAACAGCAGCAGCAGCCACAGGCGCUUCUACAGCCAUGAGCCUUGGGAGAAUCUGAGUGAGGGUGUGGAUGGUGGUGGCGGGGAAAGGGGAAGGGGAAGGGGGGAAUGGAGUCAUGAUGGCUGCGGGGUAGAGAGCAUGCAAGGAGGCGGGCAUCGGAGAGAGGUUUCGUGUGAUAGUAGCGGAGGUGGCGGUAAGAGGAAGGAGGUGAGGGAGGGGAGCGAGGAUGGCAGUGGGAGAGAAAGAGGGGAAGUGUUUGCGCAUGCCAAUAUUGGAAGUGCUGCUAGUGCUGCUAGUGCUGCCAGUGCUGCUGUAGCUUCGGCUUACGGUGGGCAUGGUGGUGGGAUUCUGGGAAAGACAGGAAGACCCAAGGAGGUAGGAGUUUCAGCAUCAGCGUCAGCAUCAGCAGGAGGCUCAGCUGCAGCGGCAGCAGCAGCAGCAGCAGCUGCGGUGGGCGCAGGGAACUCUUCACACUGGUGGAAUGGCCGCAGCAGCCCUCCCCCUCUGCCCAUCCCAUCCUCCUUCGACCCUGCCACCCUCCUCAAACCCACCAGCCCCAUCCUCCGACCCACCAACGGAACCACCUCCCCCAUCGGACCCCACAGCAGAGCACCGUUCUCCACCCCUGUCAGCCCCUUGGCCAGCCCCAGAACCGCCCCGAAAGCCUUCAACAGCCCCCGAAGGACCGGAAGCAGCGGCAGCCCCAGCAGCAACUGCGGAUCCCCAAACACCCCAAACACCCCAGGCACUCCCAACACACCCAACACCUGGCGUGGUGGCAGCAGCGGUGGCAACAACGGUGCACCCCCCUCCUCCUCCUCCCCCAGCAAGAUUGAUCCGAUCAUCCGCUCGGUAGCCUCCAGAGGAGGUUCGGCAGGUGCUGGUGGUGGGCUGCAUGGCAUGAGCAGCAGCAUGGGAGGAGGCAUGGGGAUGGCAGGAAUGGGAAUGGCGGGAUUCAACGCGGUUGGCAGCGGUGGAAUGCAUGGCACCAAUGGCAGCCACGUCAGCCAUGGCAGCACGAACAUGAAUGCAGCGACUGCAGCGGCCAUUGCAGCAGUGGCUGGGAGCAUUGUGAGCGGCACGGGCAGCUCUCAGAGCCGCUCCUGCAGCCGCACGUCCAGCAUGCGAUCCGAGCAAGACGUGAACUUGUCCAAGCUGAGGAACGGGAGCAUUUCCUCCAACGAGUCUUGCCUCUCCAUGUCAACACGCCAGCCGCGGGGGCGACCAAUGAAUGCAGCAGCAGGCAACCAAGUCGGCCCUCCCCUCAGCCAGAGCAUGGGCACCAACGUUUACAACCACCAUCAGCAGCCAAGCACUGGCAACGUCGGCGCAUAUGCACAUCAACCGGCGAACAUGGGCAACAACACGGGCAGUCAUUUCCAGCAGCAGCACCAGGCCAAUCGUAGCCCGUUCUCCACUCCACCCGCAAGCCCUCCUUUGAGCCCGACUCGAGGAUUAGAUGGCGGCGCGACGGGGAAUGGGGAAGGAGGUUCAGGUUUUGGUUCGGCAGCUGGAGAAUUCUCCAUUAGGUUCGGCAGCAGCCGCGGAAGCAGUGGAAGCGGGGGGGGAUCCGCGGGGGAAUCGGCGGGAAAGGCGUUUUGGGGGGAUUCGAGUCGAGCCGCGGCGGCGAUUGACGAUCUGCUCGCUGCGGCAAUGCGCAAAUCACGCUGGCGGGAUUUGGGAGAAUCCGCGCAGCAGCUGCUGUGGUCUUCCCCCGAUCAGGGGAUUAGGGGAAGCCUGAUCGGUGGCGGAAAGGGCGGAGGCGGAGCGGGGAGCGCGGGGAGCAGCAGCGGGGGAGAGAGCCUGGCGGAACGGCGGAGGCUGAUGCGGUUGGGGUAUGAUGGGGGAGAAGGGGUGGUAGCGGGGGAGGAUGGCGGAAAACUGGACCAAUUAGGAGCCGCCAGCGCGAGAACCUUGCCCGCGUCUCUGAUUGGCUCCUGGAACCAGGGCUUACAGGGGAAUGCUGACGUGGACCGUGCUCUAAACGAGCGGCUGGCUCGCGAUGUGACUAUAGUGAUCAGCUCAAAGCACUCUUUCGGAACAGCAGCCGCGCAGCUGGACGCGAUUCUCGCGACCACUCCCCCCUGCCCAGUGAUCUACAUGAUCCCCGGCGCAAUGGACGCGCGCACGCGCGCGCACGUCAGGCGCAGGCAAGCGGAGAGCGCACGGGGGAUGUGGGGUGGCUGGGGCGGCGGAGGGGGAGGCGCAAGCGCGGGGGGGGCAGCGGGCGGCGGAUUAGGGUUUGCAGAUCCUGAACUGGUUUGGGGGGAUGGUGGCGGAGGGAAUAGGCGGAGGCGGAAGGGCAGGGGGAAGGGGCGGGGGAAGGGGGAGGAAGUACAGGGAGGGCGGAGAAUACUCGUUAAGGAGAUGGAGGACGAAUAUGCGAGCGGAUACCUAAUGCGAAACGCAUCAUCAGAGUUAAUCCGCACUAAGUACGCGCUCUUUGUGUUCUCUGACGUGUUCCCGUAUCGACCCAACUGGCUGCAGCAUCUGUUUAGAUUCGCUGAGAAGCAUCCUGAGGGGGUGAUUUUCCUGCCGUUCAUUUGGGAGUGGGGGGGGGAUGCGGGGGGCGGGGGGGCGAAGCUCAGGGCAGGCGGGCUCAGCAGAGGGGCGGGCGUAGGGGGAGGGGUGGGGGGAAGGGGGAGAGGGGCGGUGACGUAUGGUGGUGCGACGAACCUGGGUGGUAGGCCCGGUGCCAGUGCUGCUGCAGGUGCGGCCACUAGUGCUGGCGCUGCUGGUGUGACUGCUGGUGUUGCUAGUAGCAGUAGUGGUGGUGCGGGGGGUGGGAGCAUGGGCAGCGGAUCAGUGGCGAAGCAAGAGGGCCUUAAAGCCCAUGCAGCAUUCGCCUCAGAUAUGCUAUUUGACGACUACAGUAACGACGGGAAGCUCUACCCACAACCAAUAGAAGACGUCCACGUGGCAGGCACCAGAGAUCCGAGCCUGCUGGACCCUCGGGAAUCCCCGGUAGGCGUGGAGGAUCACUGCAUGUUGGUUCGGCAGUCGUUUCUUUCCGAAGCUGUUCUGUUCGACCCUAGGGUCGGGUAUACCCGGCAGGAUCUGGAUUUGGCGCUUACAACAAGGUAUUUUAACUACAAGUCUUACUUAGUGCCGCAGUCUAUAGUGGUAUACCACCACCCGUCUUCCAGCGUGGGAGCGCGGGAUUUGAUCUACUUUGCGCGGCAGAGCGGCGCUGACGUGUGUUCAGCCAAUCAGGUGUUUCUGCGGCACAAGUGGGGGGUUAUAACGGGGCAGCAGUGUAGAGGGUUCGUGGACGCCACUUUAAGGGGCCACGUGUGGACAACUGAGGGCCAGGAGGGGGAUGGCGAAGGGUGGGAGGUGAACGGUGCAGGUGUUGCAGGCAAUGCUGCUGCUGGUGGUGGGGAGGAGGGUAGUGCAGCGAAAGGGGGAGUCGAGGCAGGUGGAAAGGGUACUAGCCUUGACAGCAGCAGCAGCAGCAGCAGCAGCAGCAGCAGUAGUGCCACACCCCCCGCCCGUUUUCUCAUUCCCAAGGGCCAAUCAGAGCAGGCUCAGCUCGUCCUCGCCUUCUUCUCAUUGGUCGGUUUCAACCGUUUCCAGAUGCGCAACCUGCCAGCCUGGCAACCCCUGCCGCCCGCGCCGCCAGCUGUCUGCCACGUCAGAGACAGGACGUUGUGCCAGAUCUCGAUCCCCUGGAUGGCUGUUGCCGCCCGGUUUAUUCCAUUUGUGGACCGACUUGCAACGCUGCCAGAUGCUUUGGCAGAAAAUGCCAAAGCUGCCGCCGCCGCUGCUGCCGCUGGUGCUGGUGGUGCUGCUGCUGCUGGUGCCGGUGGGAAGAGAGUAGUUCUCUCUGGCAGUAGGAAUGGUAGUACUGGUGGUGCUGCCGAGGCUGAGGUUCGGGGAGAGCCAGAGCUGUGGUUCGGCCGAGCCGAGGAGUACCCGAGCCUGCGGGUGAAUCGGGUGGAGGAUCUGUGGCGGGCGGCGUCGCUACGGGACGGACAACUGUUCAUGAUUCGGCACGGAGUGGUCAAACACGGCGAGAAGCAUCCAGGAAGGCGAGCCCCGGAAUUGCCCUUUUUAAUGAGGCUAUACCAUCCGUUUCUGCUGGUGGAAUUGGAAAUGCGGGUGUUUUCUGGGACAGGUGGGGAGAGUGGUGGGGGGAAAGGGGAGGAGGAUAGCAGGUGGUGGAUUGGGGGGAGUGAGGGAGAGGUGGAGGAGGGGACAGGGCUGAGAGGGGGCCGGGACAGGAGCAAGCGGACAGGAGGGGCGGGGAAAACGGUUCUGGAGUCGAGUCUGUUUGAUGGGCUGUCAGUUGUUGUGGAGGAAAAAUGCUUCUUCCCACCAUUGCCCUCUUCUUCUUCCUCUUCUGCUUCCGCUUCGGCUUCUAACCUCUCUUCCUCCUCCACUUCCUCCUCCUCCUCCUCCUCCUCCUCCUCCUCCUCCUCCUCCUCCUCCUCCUCCUCCUCCUCCUCCUCCUCCUCCUCCUCCUCCUCCUCCUCCUCCUCCUCCUCCUCCUCCUCCUCGUCUUCUUCUACCAAAAAAGACACCACCGAUGUAACCCAACCCCAAGGCACGCUACUAACGCCCUUCCCUCCCUCCUCCUCCCCCACCUCCACCACCGAACCUCCCUCCCGGCCCUGCGUCCGUUCGGCGCGGUACUUCCGAGCCUGGAUGUACGUUCGGCACACCGAUCCAGACCACACAGCUCUGCACAUGUUUGAUCGCUUCCGCCGCUCGCUCCGCCGCUCGCUCCCCUCCUCCCCCUCCGCGUGGAUCAACACCACGCGCAUGCACUGGCUUUCUCCAAGGUUACGGAACGUGGUAACGCGGUUACGCGUGGUGCGCUGUGUGCCGAGCAUAUCGGACGGGUGCGAGAUGGGGUGGCGGGUCGGGGCCGUGCCGGACGCGUGGCGGCUGCUGCUGUGGGCGUGGCGGCCGCAGAGUGUGAGGACGGCUCAAUGCGAGAUGGGGUGGCGGGUGGUCGGGGCCGUGCCGGACGCGUGGUGGCUGCUGCUGUGGGCGUGGCGACCGCAAAGCUCACCUCGUCUCCUGUUCAAAAGUCUUUCUGCCCUUCCUCCCCUUCCUGCCCUUCCUGCCCUUCCUGCCCUUCCUUCCCUUCUUGCCCUUCUUUCCCUUCUUGCCCUUCCUUCCCUUCUUGCCCUUCGUUCCCUUCUUGCCCUUCUUUCCCUUCUUGCCCUUCUUGCCCUUCUUUCCCUUCCUGCCCUUCCUGCCCUUCGUUCCCUUCAUGCCCUACCUUGCUUGGCCCUUCAGACGAUUUCUCUGCUAAAGCCGCAUGGACGUGAGUUGGACUCCACACCACAAUUACCGUAUAACUCCUGUUAG